UCUUUGUUAAUAAAUUCAUAGAUCUUGGACAGAGAUGCACCUGCACAGAGCAAACGGCUUUCCUGUGCCGGCAAUCAUGACAACCUCUUGACAAUAUUUUGAAUAUUCCACCAACUAAUAAAUCUGAAAUAAAACACAAUUCUGUCCCGAUAUAAUGGAAUAAUUUGAAUUCCCAUCACGUAAUGUUGACAUUCUUUAUGAUGAUGGCAAGUUAUUUGAGCAUUUAAUAUGGGAAAUGUAAACAAACUAUUUUAUCCUGUUGCCUUCAUUUCUUUCUUGUUGUGAGUGGAUAACAUUUAAGAAGCAAGAGAAAAUCAUCUCUUGCCUGAAUUCGAGGCGAUUAAGUGUGGAUAACGUUCAAGGCUCAUAAAAUGACUGGGAGAAAAACUACAUCACUAUUUUCUUUAUUGUUCAGCUUUGGCCAGUUCCAGCUAGUUCCAGUAGAGCGUUCUGUUGUGUUUUAUACUUUACUUUUCAUGACUUUUGCGCGGAACUAAGUCAACUAAAUAAGUAUAAGUAAUAAUAAUAAUUAAAAAUUUAUAACGCGCCUUUUCCAUGCAAAUAUGAUCAAAAGCGCGUGACAACAUGUAAAUGUUAAAAGAAAAUAAAAGCUAAAAUGAGCAAAAUAAUUAAGGUUAAGAAUAAACAACGCCAAAAAUUAAAUAAAGAUAAAAAACACUAAAUAUAUUACAUAGUAGGUUAAAAAAAUUACAUAUCAAAAGCUAGUCUAAAAAGAUGCGUUUUAAGUACAGAUUUAAAACGUUCAAAAUUGUCCUCAAGACGGAUGUGAAGGGGCAGAUUGUUCCAUAAAUUAGGGGCAGCAGAUGAAAAAGCACGAUCCCCUAAAGUCUUUUUCAGUUUUAAACUAGGAUACUUUAAGAUAAGACCGCUAGCUGAACGGAGAUUAUAGCGCGGCUGUUCUUUAAUAGCAAUCAAAUCGAUCAAGUAACCAGGCGCAUGACCGUAGAUAGCUUUAAAAGUAAAAAGAAGUAUUUUAAAAUCAAUACGAAAUUUGACAGGAAGCCAAUGUAACGAACAUAGUACUGGUGUUAUGUGACUGUAGCGAGGGAUAUUAGAUAUAAGCCGAGCAGCUGCAUUCUGCAAGCGUUGCAGUUUAAGUAGAUGAUCAGAGGGUAAACCAAAUAGAAGGCUGUUGCAGUAAUCUAUACGACCAAUGAUAAAAGCAUGGACCAAAGUUCGUGCAGACUCCUGGGACAGAUAUUUUCGGAUACGCCGAAUAUUGUAUAAAUGGAAAAACACAGAUUUACAAGUUUUGUGGAUCUGUUCCUGGAGAUUCAAGUUAGAAUCGAACCAUGUCCCUAAAUUUCUUGCCACAGUGACAGGAGCAACGUCAAUGCUUCCUACGGUAAGGCAAUCAAUAUUUACUUUGGAAAGUUGUUGUUUUGUACCAAUCAACAUGAACUCAGUUUUGUCAUCAUUAAGUUUGAGCUUAUCCGUAAGCAUCCACGUACGAAUGUCCGAUAUACAGCGUUCCAUGGCAAUGACCGCAUCAGUCUGAUUAGUAGCCGUGUCAGGACUAAACGACAGGUAAAGCUGAGUGUCAUCAGCGUAGGCAUGUGCUUCAGGUAGAUGGUAUUUGAUGAGUUCAAACAGUUUGCUGGAAUAAAUGGUAAACAACAAUGGCCCCAGACACGAUCCUUGUGGAACGCCAUAAGGAAGCUUAAAACUGUCAGAUGUAAAGCCAUUUAGCGAGACUCGUUGCGACCUGUUGUGUUAAAACAAGUGCUAAAGUGCUAAAACAAGAAGCCAAGUCUUAUUUUUUUUACCGAAACACCGGCCAAAUAUAAUUUGCUUACGGUUGAUGCAAUAUAAGGAUUGCUUCUUUUCUGGUCCCCGCGUUGUUGGUAGGAAUUUGCAAACUUAUAUUUUGACCCCAAAUAAUAGUAAUAAAAGAUCCAAAGCGGCAAAUUUGAAGUUUUGUUCCGCAGAAACCUUUUUUUUUUUUAGCUUUCAAGCCAAAAAGUAUCUCACUGCCGCUUAAUGGACUUUAACUACAACACGCAUCAAUUUUCUGUCAGCAAUAGAUUGAAUUUGUGUUUUAUACCAAUUAUUAAAAGGGAGCUACCGGCUUCCGGAAUUUUUCCUCGUCUUUGAAAAAGGAUUACUGCCUUUAAAAGUUUUUCAACACUUUUCUUGUAACAUUGCAGUCAGUCAAGGAGGCAGACAACCUCUCCAUGGCUAACAGUACGUCAACGUCAUCUUGCUUUCAUCUUCCUGAUCCAUCUUUUGACCGGGUUUCAGAGCGUUUCCUGCUAAAUCUUGUAACAGCCAUCAUAAAUAUCAUUUCCGCCCCUUUUGCCAUCAUCUUGAACCUUCUGAUUACCAUUACCAUCUUUAAGAACACUCUACUUCGAACACCAUCAAAUCUCUUGAUAGGCUGCUUGGCUCUAUCUGACAUUUUAGUUGGUCUCACAGUUCAACCAGGUUACAUCACCUACAGACUCAUGGAAAAUCAGCAUCGAACAGUUCCGUGCUUCGUUCGAGUUGUGUACUCUAAUGCCUUCUACAUUUGUUGCGGAGUGUCUUUUAUGACUCUUACAGCUGUAAGCUACGAGCGAUUUGUGGCAGUCCGUCUUAAUGCAAGAUACAACAAUGUCUUCUCGUCGAAACGAGCCGUUAAAUAUAGCUUGGCCAUCUGGAUGUUUAAUGUCUCAGUAACAAGUCUGCAAUGGGUGGGAAUAAACAAUGUCUCCAGAGCAACGCAUUUGCUUGUGUGGUUUCUCUGUCUUUUGCUGUCAGGAGCUGCAAACGUAGGAAUGGUGCUCGUUUGGCGUCGACACCGACGCCAAGUUCAACUCCAUAUCGGGCAUAUUACCAAUUUUCAGUGGCGACAGAGACAAGAAAAGCUUACAAAAACUGUUUCUUUCAUCGUGGGAUUCUAUUUGUUAUUCAACAUACCCGUUUUAUUUGUCACAAUUUAUCACCAGAUUUUGAAGGAGGACAUUAAGACUUAUAACCACUAUAGUUGGGCGGAAACUCUAGCUUUCCUCAAUUCCUGCACAAACCCAUCAAUCUGCUUAUGGAAGAACCGGCAAAUUCGUCAAAAAAUAUUGCUUUACUUCCGAAAACAAACUUCUUCGUCUACUAAACGGAAUGGUGUCACACUCUGUGCUUCAAAAGAGACUGUUUCACAAGGCCGAAGAAAGCUGUCUGUGGUGGCAAACACCAGUUCACUGUAAAAAUGCCAUGGUGAAUGAGAAGGAAAUUAAAUACUUUAUUGGUUAAUGGUUAGGUCGUAAACGCCCAACCCCGUCCAGGACUGGAUGCCAGUAUUUUUACCCGUAAUAGGUAUCGCUUUGCAGUGCCGUAGCAAGGUUAGAUUUAUUAGGGGGGGGGGCAAUCCCGAGCACUGAAGGCGCGAGCUGCCAGGGGGGUCCGAGGGCAUGCACCCUCGGAAGAUUUUGAAAUAUAGGGUCUCUGAAAUAGCAUUUUAAGCCUUCCGAGAGCAUUAAUUUCCCACUUAAGAAGUGUACUUUGUUUAAUACCCGCUUAAUUUUUGUUUGUUGAAGCCAUAAAUACGAAAUAAUUUUCAAGCUUUAUCGAACUGAAAUGAACACAUGGAACCGAAGACCAGCGUGAAGAGCGUGGCCGCUGACCAAAUUACUGUAAACGUGCCUGUCAAAAUUAUUGGGGGAGGGUCCCCGGCCCCUCCCCGCGCUACGGCACUGUUUUGGGGUUGUUCAUAAAGAAAUUUAUAAUAUUAAUAUUGCCAACCGCCGUCAUAGUGUGUUUGUGUAAGGCCUCGUUUACAUAAUUUACAUAGGUCUCUGUAUUCUGCAAAAAUAUGCGAUUUUCUUUCUAUUUAUAAACAAUAUAUUAAAUAUAACAUUUACAAUACCUACACUAAACAAGGAAAGGCAGAAGUUAUAAAUAGGCAACCUCUCCGAUAAAAAUAGUCUGAGCCACAACUGACUUGCCAAGCUGAGAAUUGCCACACCUAGAUGACAAUUUGACGAGGAUGAUGAAAAAUUCACUCAAUAAAAUAAAUCUUAAGGCUAUAAAUAAAAAAUGUUUCAUUUAUAUAGCAGCGACCUAACAUGAAACAAUCUGAUCUGUGCAGUCUCUUUCCUGAUCUUAAUAAAUAUACGACAGCCUCAUUAAUAAAGUCUAAAGUUAAUAUUCCCUUUAAAUAUCGAUGGGCAUGUCGCUGAUGAGCCCACCUCCAAGAGUGAAAAUCACUCAAAGCUAAAAUAAAGACUCCAGUUUUCUAUUUUUACAAUUGCUUUUUGCCGGCAAGUUUCUCCACCGACUGAUCAAAGAACAAGAUUGGUUCUUGCGAUAGCCAGGUAUUUGUUUUUCUAAUUAACCGCUCAAAGAAAUAAAGUCAGGAGGUGAGCCAUUAAUACGACACAAGAAUUUGUCGCACCAAAAAGAGAACGAGCAAAAAUCAAUCGAAAACGCUCUCCACACACGCUGAUAAAAUCCUCUUGACACUUUUUCUUGAGAACUAAAACUUACAAUCGGCGACAAAACUGUAAAGAUACUUUCAACGUGAACCGGGUACAAGUUUGAUACUAUAAGUUCUAUGGUGCUAACUGUUCAAGCCACCAUGUUCUUAGCUUUUCCACGGGUGUUAACUGUUUGAGCCACCCUAUUGUAUAUGAUGCUACUGUUCAAGCCACCAUUAUUGUUAGUUCUUUCACGGGUGUUACCUGUUUGGGCCACCCUAUUUUCUAUGGUGCUAACUGUUCUUUGCUACCUAUAAUCCCACUGAUCAACUGAACUAGUAAGGGGAGGGGGGGGAGAGGACCUAAAUGUUCAAUUUUUGGUCUUGGCGUUUUUCAAAAAAUGCGAUAGGAUAAAUGAUCAAAAAAAUUAUUUGAAGAUAAAGUAUCUCAAGGAAUUUUGACGUCGAGUAGAGCUUAUUUUACAACUUCACUGUACUUUUCAACACUUUUAACCAGAGCUGUACCAUUCAAGUCUCAAUUUGUAACGCCUUUGAUGAAAAUGCAGAACUAUCUCUCUCCAUCUCUUUCAUCUUCGCUGCCAACAGUUUGGUCGCUAGUCUUUGAUGGGCAAGAGCCUCGCUAUUGUCAGUGAGCUGCAAAUAACAAAGAAAAGCAGUACUGACACAUAACAUGCAAACGUGGAGGGUGACGAUAUAGUCAGGUGCAGUUUUUGAUUCGCUUCGCUACAUUAUCAAUAAAUUUAAGUUCAACAGAGACCCACAGCAGAAAUACAGAGUUCUCUAGAAAAUUUAAAUAAGAAGGAGAAGAGCAACAGAUUAGAUUGGAAGCACUCACGUGUUUGAGUGGGUAUGGAAAGGGAAGCACCCGCCUCUUCCUUUGGAGGAGUCUUAGGGCCUCCCGGGAAAAAUCUAAAUUUUGGGGGUUAGCAACCAAGGAAAUAAUCACAUUUAUACUCAUAAGAAGUGCACAUUGUGCCUUUAUCUACCCACAUUAGCGUUAUUUCCAAUCAUAUAUCUUAUAUCCUCUUAAAAAGAUUGCUCAACCGCUGCCGUGACCAUUGGACAGCGAUUGUCGCCUGAGCUUUCGAGGAACCUUGGAAGAACGAAGACAAAGACUGGACUAUUAUUCAACCGAAAAUCCUCCAUGAGCUGUGAAUUUGUAAGAUUUUCUUUUCAUAAACGCUUACCAUUCCAAGGAGCUUUGCAACUAUGUCGUCUUUGUGGGCUUUAAUCUGUUGGACCAACUCUUCUUCUUCGUUUUUUAACCCAUUUUCACCCGUUGUUUUUUCUUUUCUUUUUCCGGGGAAGCUGAUCUUCUUUUUCCAUCUUGACUUUUCUAGUAGUUCGUAAAUGAGUGAGGAGUUCUUCGCUAGCUGCUGCUCAAAUGCCACCCGAUAUGCAUCGGCAGUUAGGAGGGCUUCCUCUUCUCGCCUAUGAACUACCUCAAGCUAAAAAACAAGGGAGAAUUUUGACUGCAUCCUCUUUGAAGAUAAGAAAAAUGCCAGUUUGAAAAAAACAAAAACAAGAAGAAAGGAAAAGAGCGAAGCCGGCAUGCAGUCACCUUAAAUGAAGAAACCUACAUGAGAAAAAGGAUUUUUUUUUCCGUAGAAAUAGGCGAACUUGUCGGCUCAGUUAGCCAACAGGCCUUUUCCUAGUUUCCCCAAGCCUCUGCUUCAAAGCGAGGCUGAGUGCAUAGCCAUUGACGUGAAAAUGAUUUUUCAAUCUCAUGGGAAUAAAACUCAUUUUCACAAGAAAGGCUUUGCAGUUAGCCUUGAGAGUUUUUGGCACUCGGAAAUGGCCUAUUUGAACAUAAGAUACGCUUAACUUUUGAUGUUUGCGUGGACCAAUCAUAUCACAAACUUACUUAAAAAAUUUUGGCAUUUGUACACGGUGAAAAUUUCCUUAACAAUUCUAAAAAAAAUUCAAAAGGGCAGGAUAAACAAUCUGUCUCCGUACCUCGUGUUUUAGUUUUGCAACAUCCCGCUUGGCAUCUACUGCUGCUCUUGCACAUGCGCACGGCUCUUGAUUGUUCCCUCUGCACUGGCAGGCGCCGAGAGUUGCUUACUACGAAAAAAUAACAGAAUAACGCUCAUAUAAACACGCAGUAAAGAGUGCCACUGAUAUAAAAUAUUAAGAACCUUUUUACACUAAUGCCCCAUUGACACCCAUUCACGAUAAAUGGUGUUAAGAUAAAAGCGUUCGGCUAACUGAAAAUGGCUUAGAGCGCGGGUUUUGUUAAAUACUGGCUAAACUCCGUUCAAAUAACUGGCUAGCCUGUUCCAGGCCUUCAGAUAGUAGAGCGCGGCGGUCAGUAAAGAGCGAGUUAAAUUGUACACUAUCUGAACGCCUGGAACAGGCUAAUAACUGGCUCGUAAAGUUUAUCUGGCUUUACGAGCGUAAACAAGUCCACACGGCUUGAAAAAAACUUGUAUUCAAGCUUGUCCUGUGGGCAAGCAGCUCUUGCAUUUUGCUUGCCUGGGGCCAAAUCUUGUUCAUCUUCGUUAAUGAUUUUAUUAGGAGCGUACGUGUAGCCGCACCCUCCCUCUGGACAAAGGAAAAACGGAGAGUUUUCCUUUAUUGGGGGCAGGGUGCGGCUACACGUAGGCUAUUUUAUUAGACGACGACUUGCCUGGAGCCUUGCCCAAUGGGUAAGUAAGCUUCACUGAAGCUUAAAAAGUUACUUAUCUAUAGUCGUCAAAAGUCAGUAAGCAGCUUCUAAACGUGGAUUUCCACUGUAGCGUAUCUUUUUAUCGCAAGGACCCAAACUUAAACUGGCUUGAAGUGCGUAAAUAAAAUAGGAACAGUGUGUGACAGGUCGCGCGUUAACGCAGACGUUGAACAUACACAUUCUUUCCCUGAAUUCAGCGCUCGAAAAAAGUCUCGUCCGGUAGACUAUAGUCAAUCUCAUAGUUACCUCAAUAAUAAGGUCUCCUGUUGAUAAAACCUCUUCCCUUUCAGGGGUGGCCAGGUCAUACUUGAUUCUCUCUCGAACUUCAAGGGCAGCCGCCAACUCAUCUCGCUCCCGCAUUAGCGCUGAAGAUAGCGAAAAACCAACAAAUGAGACCCCGUACAAACGAAUACGGAUUAUCUUUGAAACCCGUAAAUUUGCUUUUUUUUUUUUUUUUACACGAAUCGACCUUCCGUCUACACGAAACCAGCAAAUCCGCUCACCGAAUCAAUGCCGAAGGACUGGAGGUUCCGUUAUGAUCUAUGGACCAGACAAUUCAAAACUUAAAAAAAGAAAAAGAAAAUGAUCUGAAUGAUAAAAAUUAACACAUACUAAUUGACAGGUACUACAUUUUGACAGUGGGCAAACAGUGCGCAAAUUAAUAGUAAAGUAAAACGGCUCAUUUAUUGACCAAUCAGAGCGCGCGUUUUACUUUUGUUAUCCCCCGUAUAUUACACUUUACGGGAGAUUUUGUCAGGACAAUAACUGUGAAUAUUGGGAUCAAUAAUUAUUACUUACCCAUUUUCUCCAUGGAAACUUUUCUCAGUUCAUCAGAUCUUGCCUGCAGUGCAACCAUAAGUGUGGCAUUUUCUGUUGCUACUCUGUCAAACCUCUCGGCCCAUGUCUUCUCACUGUCCAUCAAAUAGCUCUGCUUCAGUUCCAGCUCCCAUUGAAGAAAAUUCACCUCCUAAAUAACACGUUUUAUACUACUACAUGAGAAAUUUCUGCAAUUUGAUCGGCUUAGAUCAGUGGUAUUUCAGCUCAAUUUGAAAUACCUACAUGUGAAAAUUACAAACCUUUUGCGGGUAGUAGUAUAAACAAAUAAUAGCAUGAUUUGUACGUGAUAUUUGGCGUAAAUACCACUUGUGACAUUUCAAAAUUGUCUCAAAUUUAUUACAUAUAACAAUUUUGAAAUAUCACUCAUGAUAUUUAUGCCAAUUAUCACUACAAAUCAUGCUAUUACCUAUACAAAUUUAUUUCAUGAUACCUUUUCAGGGGAAUACACAGCUAUUUCAAUAAACGUUGUCAGUGCACAAGAAAUCAGUCAGUUAUAGUAAAAAGCUUUAUAACCCUAAUCACUGCAUAAAUCAUUAUCCAAUGAACAGGUAUUAGGAUAAACCAAUAAUAAUAUUGCACUACACAGUGGAUAGAGAUUUAUAAGGCGGAUAGCAUUACCGUAAUUCCUUGAAUAAUAGCCGGGGGCGAUCAUUCGAGGGAAGGCGACUAUUCGAGGGAGGUGAUUAUUUCAGUUGUGCCCUAAAUAUCUUUAUCCUAUUUUCCCAUUAAAUAAAAAAAUAAUUAUGUCAAAUAAACUGAACAUUGGCAUUUAAAGUCUUCCAAAUUUGGUUCCUUGAUUAAUUUUCAAUGUCAAUGUUCUCUGCGUCAGAGCUUGAAUUGUCACUGAUCAGUUUUGCUGGAUCAGACUCCUUUUUAGCUUCAUCCUCCAAGUUUACCGCUAUGGGUGUCCCUUGCAGGUAACCUAGAGGGGUGGUGGUGGUGGUAGUGGUGGGGGUGAUUAUUCGAGGGAGGCAAUUAUUUUUAACAUUUCCAUCGAAGUGAGGGGGGGGAAAUACGGUACCAACCUUUUGACCAACUGCUGCCAGAUGUUAGCAGUUACAAAUGAAGUUAGUUUUUUAAGCAACUGUCACAGAGGGCAGGAGGCCAGGGAUUUCUCUUUGGCAACUGAUAGAAUGAUCCUCCACUACUUUCAUAGGAAACAAGAGGAAAAUAGAACCAAAAAUACAGCCUAGCAGUUCAAUUACCUCCCCACCCACUAAUAGCAUGUGUACCGGUACCUGGAAACUUGAAAUCUUUGUGACUGUCCUGGAUGUUCAUGGAUCUAUUGUACAAGAACACUGGUGAAUAGCACAUAAUGUAGAUAUUAGAAGGUACAGUCAACUGUCUCUAAGGGCACUUUCCACUUAUCAGAACUGACCGGCCAGACCAUUCUCAUCGCAAUGAUAAUUUCCCUUUUGAUAAAAACUCUCCAGCCAGAUCAGUCAAAUCCUGAAUAGUUUGUAAGAAGGAGAUGGUUUUUUGGCAAAAAAAAUCUUGGAAAAAGCCUAUUUAAUUUUCAAACUGACUGGUUGAGCAAUGGUCUGGCCGGCCAGUUCUGACAAAUGGAAAGAGCCCUAAGAUGGACACCUUUGGGACUGGUCCUGACUGUCCGUGUCUUAGAGAGGUGUCUGUGUUAAUAGGGAGAAUUGACUGUAUAAUGUAUAUCACUGAACUACUGUCACCUUUAAUGACCUUCCUGUAAACUGACCUGCUCAAGUUUCUUACUAGCUUCUAGAGCCUUUCUAGAACAAUGAUUUUGACGUGCUUCCUCCAAUCGAGAUAAUCUCUGGAUGAUUUUUACAGCACCAUACUUGCUUUGAAGUUGCUGCUGACAAGCUUCCAAAUCCAAGGUCAAAUUCUCAAUCUCCUAAAUUUUGAAAGAAAAGAACUUUGCAUUAUUAGCAUAGCAGAGGAACAUGGCUGGGUUUCUGAAGCCCAGUAAAUAAUUAAAUUAUUUCGUAAAGUUUACAGUGCUUCAAGUUGCAACCAUUUUGGUAGCCAUGGCGAGUAAAAAAAUAUAAUUGGUGACUAAACUUGCAAUGAAGUUGCCAGUUUGGGGACAUGAUCAGCAGUCAUGAGCAAAGGUGUGCAAAGUUUUUUUAUCAGUUAGUAUUAGUGUUAAUGGUCUUUCCAAAGUUAAAUUGAGAUAAAUAUUUGGACGAAAAUUAAUAUUAUUCACGGCUUUGUAUUCAAGACAAUUUUCCUCUUUUCACCCCUUCGGUGUUAAGCCUUGAGAUGCUGUGGAGUGUCCAAAUUUAAUUGCGAUGCAGGCAUGAAAACUGGGCACCCAUUUUGAUAAGACAAGCAGAAACUGAGUCAGAUGACAACAAAAAUGGAGGUACAGUAUUUCAGGGCUGCAAAUAACAGUAGGUCAUGGGACAUUUGCCAACCAAAAUUUACCAGUGUCCGACGAAGUGUUCGGACAAUAUGUCCUGAGAAUGUUUUUAUCAUAAAUCAUUUUACGGUAAGGAAGAAUAAAAAUCUACGUAAAUAUAAAGUAAAUUAAGUAUAUAAAGUUCAAACUUUUUCUGGUGAUGUCCGACCAAAAUUAAGUUUUGUCCGACCAAGAUGGUGCCUUAGGAGGACAUAUGUCCUUUUAAAGAGAAAAACAUUAUUUCCAGCCCUGGGUAUCUAGAUCUUAAGGUGACUGCAACUUAAUUGUGAGCCAAUUUCAGUAUUUUUCUAACCUGCUCACGUCCCAUCAGAAGUAGCCAGAUAAUUAUAAGUUUUGGAUAUGUAUGAGUUCAAUCAUUAUCGCUUUCAUCUGAGUUCCUGAAAUUUAUUUUGAAGCUUGGGUUUGGCGAUAAGAGCAAAUUUUCUAUUACAAUGGUAUUUUUGCAAAUUGCACAAAAAUUGAGUGAUUUCCACAAAACUUAAAAUUCUUGAGUUUUAGAAUGUGUAAAAUAUUUCAUCCGCCAAGUUUAAGGAAAUUCAUUUGACUGUGAUCUGUGCUAUGAGAUAGGCCUGAAAAACGACAAUGAAACACAACCUUAACUUCGCCCAGUAACCAUGUCCGGAAACAAAUGCAAAUUUAAACAAUUAUUUUACAGGGCAGUAACAUUCAAUAUUAUUAUUGAUAAAUAUGACACAUAAAUGUCAGGAUCAUAGCUCUAAUGCUGCUUGUGUAAUUUGCUGUUAUGCAUAGAAGGAAAUUUGCUUGCAAAAUAAUAAAACUGAUUUAUUUACAAAAUAUUCCACUUUGUGAAAAUGUGCAUGAAAGAUAUAAAAUAUUCAUUAUUAGCCCAGCUAUUUAACAGAAACAGGUGCGAAUCUCAAUCGGUUGUACGCUGACAUCAUAACCAAAUUUUCUUGGAUCCAAAGCUUCCCCCAAUUUUCUUUAGCUUAAGAUAUAUUCCCAUACAAAUCCUUAUCAUAUGACUUUCAGUCGGCUGUUGUGAUUCUGGGCUCCCUCUGGCCUGCCCUCAGUUUAUUUCCCACGUCAAGUAAAGGAUCAAAUUAAAGUCCUUUGAAUCUCAAAUUACCCAAUGGACAGCAAAACAAAGUAAACCUGUAAUGGAUAAGAGUUUGCUUAAAAUAGAGUUCUUGUAGAGUUUAUGUAAAUGCAUAUUAGAAAAUCUGUCAUAGAUGGUCCACAUUAUCAUGGAGAAGUGAAAAAUGAAGUUCAACUAACCUGUUUAGCUUUGAAAAGCUUGAGUUGAAGUGAUUUGUACUCACUGUCCUCAACAAGUGAUCUUUUCUCUACAAUAUGCAAUAAAUAAUGAAUAAAAAAGCAACAGUUAAAAAUAAUAAUUACAUGAACUCUUUAGUCCUCUUCUAGCAGUAUUCUACACUACAAAUUCACUCAAACAUUAAAGACGUUGGAGCAAGAGAUAGUAAUCCAUUUAGAAAAGACUGAUUUAUUUACUACAUUUAUUAUGCAGUGUUCUAUUCAGCCUUUUUUUCAAAUUUGUAUUUUUAGAAUAACUUCUGCACCAUAAUAUGAAAAUGUAUCAUUCUGGCUUAAUAGCAGUAUACAGGUUUGUAAUUAUUACUGAAGCCAGAUGACACCUGCUGUGCAGAGAACAUCUGCAGAACAUCCCUUUAUGUCUUGAACUUGCCAAGAAAUAGGCAACUGGACGCAGGAACUUAGCAUCGAUUUAGGUAAGCUUGUUUUAGUAGCUUGUUUUUAAACUAGGGAUGAUUUCAAAUGAAUGAUAAAACAAUUACUGGAUUCAGCUUUUAGUGGAGCUCUCACACACGUGAAGAGUGCACAGCAGAGCGCCAUGGGUAAGAAAAUUUGGUUAUCUAUGCAUCCAAGAAUUUUUGGUUCUAACCAAAUCAUCCAUAAGUAUGUAUAUGCAUAUGUCACCCCUUCACAUAAAACCAGGGUGAAAUUUCGCAUUUCAAGGACUCGCACAUUUUUGCGGUAAAUCGCAUGGCCACCCAGACUUUUAGAGGGAGAAAAAAAAAAAACAACAAAGCCAAGUCUUUUUCUUUGCCUAAAUGUUAAUGUCUACACUUAUGUGGAUAACAGAGAAAGAGCUAGAGUGAGAGAAAAAAACAAAGGAGACCAAAUUCACUGGAAGAAAAACAUUUAAAUUUUAUAGUGGCAGUGAGAAAAUGAGAAAUGCUAGUGGCCAUUUGCACCAAGGAGAAAAUGAGCAGCAGGGAAAAAAAGCAAAUAGGAACACAUAUGACAUUUCCUCCAUAAAACGUGUAACCUGAGGAAGUAUCUGGAAGUUUCACAUUAUAGUCGUGCAAAGCAACAGCGAAGAAAUGUACAAAAAAGUGUGCUGCACAUGCAAAGUUGUUUUUUUGCUAAUAUAAGACCUAUUGUUUUUUUUUCUGUUUUCGUUACUGCUACUGCUUAGCAUUAAACGAUUUUAUAUUUUGUUUGAGUAAACUUCAAGUAUAUUACAAGAGCUUCGCCUUUAGCCCUGGCUAAAUUUAUAUAUUAUAUGAUCUGAAGAAUUAUGGAGAUCUGGGAGGCUGAACUCUCCAAGUCUUCAGAUCAUAUUCCUCCUCAUCCAAUGUUGUGUUGCAAUCACUGAGCGAAUUCUUGCCCACUGGUUGGUCAAGAGCCAUGUUCAAUGAGUGUACAGACAAAGGAAAUGAGCUGAUGGGGACACAAUUUGUUUUUGUCAUUGAAGAACGCAUGAAUUUCUAGGAAACUUUAAUGGAAAUCGACAAUAUAAUCUGUCAAUGUUAUUGUAAAAAACAAAUCGACAACAAUUUUCCAUGGACUUCACGUGUACCAUAGAUUCAAAUGAUGUCAAAAUGUUCGAAACUUUGCGGUGAAACCACUCGCCUGUGGCUCAUGGUUCCACCUGAGUUUUGAACAUUUCAACAUCAUUUCUAUGGUCCAUAAGAGUACAGACCAUGGAAAAUUGUUGUUGAUUUAAUUAAUUAUUAUGAUGCGAAGUGACAUAACAAAUAACAAACAAAGUUAAAGUUGAAGGUAGGGUAAAAUUACAAAUACUGGAAUUUGUGCACUUAAAGGUUGCUACACUGUAUUUAUUUCAUUCUCUGGUUUCCCACUACCUUUGCUUCACAUUGGACAUUUUGUUUGGUUUUGGAGUAAGUUAGGUGUCAAGAAUUCUUGCCUCGUGGUCAUUGUUCCUAGUUUUAAUUAAAAUCUUUUCUUUGGAUUGUGAGACAUUCUGUUUUCACAAAGUUUUAUAUAUAGUAGGCACCAAAUUAACGACUAAAAAAAUAGGGAAAGCAAUUUUUGGUUACUUCAACCCAGGAUCUUGGAUUCCACAGGAAGCCUGCGUAGCAGGCGCCGAUUCUUUAUUCAUUUAUUUUCACAGGCCGUUGUCUUGUGUAAACAUCUUGGAUAGUAAAGCAGCUUAUCAUUGGGACCCGUCUAAAAAUUUCGGGAAAACUCUAAGGGUCGCCGAAGAGAAACGUUAUUUUUUUUAGUACUGUUGCUGGUGAGUGUCAUUUGUGAAGUUAUUACUGUUUCUUUCAUUUAUUGACUGCGUAAAUCUGCGAUUAUUUUAGCCUUUUAAUUCUUUCAAGGAAAAGUACUCUUCGCCUUGUCCUCAGGGCACAUGGAACAUUUGUUUUUAUUUGCUCCCUACACUGUACUACAUGGGAUUUUGUAUAAUGAUUAAUUUUUGCAGUUUUCCGACAAAAAAUAACAAAAGCAAGAAUUCGGGGGGAAUGAGUAUGGGCACUCUUGCUUUUGAUAAAAAAUAUAUAUAUAUAAUAAGUUGUUGAAAAAAAAAAAAAAAAAGACUGCAGAGAUGCUGUAUCCGAUGGAACAAAUCGAUCGAUUAAUUAAAGUCUGAAAAUUUAUGACUUCAAGGGAAAAUUUCAAAUGUACUGAUUUCGACGAUAUGUAAAAGGAGCACAAUGAUUAUUAACAUAUAUGUUGAUAUUUCUGACUCAAACCGAACAGGGCCAACCCGUAUCGGUACUACUGCUUUUAUUUUUAAACCAACUAAAUUGUGACUACGCACCAUUAAGAAGAUAGACACCAGGGGGUGUUAAGAUGUUAAUGGAAAGUUAAGUUCUCCUGAUAGUCGAGUCCCGUUCAAGGAAAAAAGUUAAUUCUUAAGAAUUCCUUUUAAGUGAAUUUCUGAAGUAGGCAAGAUAGAGAGGUUUGUUUUUCACAUGAUAGCCAGGUUUACGGGGCAAGUGCACGUGCCGUGUGAUAUUACUGACGAUAGAUAAGAGGCUCAGUGUGACAUAGUUUCUCUUGUUUGUAUGGUCAUUGGUCAUAAAAACAGUACAGAUAAUUGUAGAGGUAAGUUAUGAUCCAUCCCGAGAAAACUUUCAGGUCAUUAUUGAGCCUAGACGAUGUUUACUUGAGGGAAAUAUACGCAUUUAAUUUGUAAAAGCAAAUUCCCAGCCAUAUUACAUGAAAAGACUACUGAAAUCAACAGUUUAAAGGUAUUCUCGUUUUUCGUUUGAUUUGAAACGGGCGAACUGGAAUUAUAUGGGGUUUUGACCAGCACUAUUAAGUGUCGGGUCUCUACGAGAGUUUUAAACUCUAACAGUCAAAAGCUCGGAAUGAAAUAUACCGGUAUAGCAAAUCAAACAAGAGAAGGCAGCUGACUAGGCUUAUAUGAAAGUAGAUCAGUCAAUAUAUUCAAGGGUUAUGGCAAAAAAGAAGCCCUUUUUAAGGCUUAAACAGGUCUAAAUUGUUUAAAGAAACGAUCUUUAAGGCAUAGAAUUGUAAAACUAAAAAAUAAUAUCGCUGUUAACGUGCGAAGAUCAUUCGCGUGUAAAUUACAUGAACCAGCAGAAUUUUAAAUGCGCGAAAAUAAAUUGUGAGAAGAGAUAGUAAGCGAUUAAAGUUUAUUUGAAUUGUUUUUUAGGUCACUCAUUUUUUAAAAUACCACCAGAACAACAACGGAGCUUUUGGUUAAGCGUUCCUUGUUAAUAAAUUCAUAGAUCUUGGACAGAGAUGCACCUGCACGGAGCAAACGGCUUCCUGUGCCGGCAAUCAUGACAACCUCUUGACAAUAUGUUGAAUAUUCCACCAACUAAUAAAACACAAUUCUGUCCUGAUAUAAUGGAAUAAUUUGAAUUCCCAUCAAGUAAUAUUGACAUUCUUUAUGAUGAUCGCAAGUUAUUUGAGCAUUUAACAUGGGAAAUGUAAACAAACUAUUUUAUCCUGUUGCCUUCAUUUCUUUCUUGUUGUGAGUGGAUAACAUUUAAGAAGCAAGAGAAAAUCAUCUCUUGUCUGAAUUCGAGGCGAUUAAGUGUGGAUAACGUUCAAGGCUCAUAAAAUGACAGGGAGAAAAACUACAUCACUGUUUUCUUUAUUGUUCAGCUUUGGCCAGUUCCAGCUAGUUCCAGUAGAGCGUUCUGUUGUGUUUUAUACUUUACUUUUCAUGACUUUUGCGCGGAACUGAGUCAACGAAAUAAGUAUAAGUGCUAAAACAAGAAGGAAGUAUUAUUUUUUUACCGAAACACUAGUCAAAAAUAAUUUGCUUACGGUUGAUGCAAUAUAAGGAUUGCUAGCCUGUUCCAAGCGUUCAGAUAGUGGAGAGCGGUGCGAAGUAAAGAAAGCGAUGAAAAGUAGAGGGGGACUGGGGAGAGCCCCCUCCCUCGCUUUUAUUUUUUCGCGCUCCUUUUUGCUUCGCACCGCUCCCCACUAUCUGAACGCCUGGAACAGCCUAAAGGAUUGCUUCUUUUCUGGUCCCCGCGUUGUUGGUAGGAAUUUGCAAACUUAUAUUUUGACCCCAAAUAAUAGUAAUAAAAGAUCCAAAGCGGCAACUUUGAAGUUUUCUUCCGCAGAAACCUUUUUUUAGCUUUCAAGCCAAAAAGUAUCUCACUGCCACUUAAUGGCCUUUAACUACAACACGCAUCAAUUUUCUGUCAGCAAUAGAUUGAAUUUGUGUUUUAUACCAAUUAUUAAAAGGGGGCUACCGGCUUCCGGAAUAUUUUCCUUGUCUUAAACGAUUGCUGUUUUUAAAAUUUUUUAAAUACUUUUCUUGUAACAUUGCAGUCAGUCAAGAUGGCAGACAACCUCUCCAUGGCUAACAGUACGUCAACGUCAUCUUGCUUUCAUCUUCCUGAUCCAUCUUUUGACCGAGUUUCAGAGCGUUUCCUGGUAAAUCUUCUAACAGCCAUCAUAAAUAUCAUUUCCUCCCCUUUUGCCGUCAUCUUGAACCUUUUGAUUACCAUUGCCAUCUUUAACAACACUCUACUUCGAACACCUUCAAAUCUCUUGAUAGGCUGCUUGGCUCUAUCUGAUAUUUUGGUUGGUCUCACAGUUCAACCAGGUUACAUCACCUUCAGACUUAUGGAAAAUCAGCAUCGAACAGUUCCGUGCUUCGUUCGAGUUAUGUACUCUAAUGCCUUCUACAUUUGUUGCGGAGUGUCUUUUAUGACUCUUACAGCUGUAAGCUACGAGCGAUUUGUGGCAGUCCGUCUUUAUGCAAGAUACAACAAUGUCUUCUCGUCGAAACGAGCCGUUAAAUAUAUCUUGGCCAUCUGGAUGUUUAAUGUCUCUUUAACAAGUCUGCAAUGGGUGGGAAUAAACAAUGUCUCCAGAGCAACGCAUUUGCUUGUGUGGUUUCUCUCUCUUUUGCUGUCAGGAGCUGCAAACGUAGGAAUGGUGCUCGUUUGGCGUCGACACCGACGCCAAGUUCAACCCCAUAUCGGGCAUAUUACCAAUUUUCAGUGGCGACAGAGACAAGAAAAGCUUACAAAAACUGUUUCUUUCAUCGUAGGAUUCUAUUUGUUAUUCAACAUACCCGUUUUAUUUGUUACAAUUUAUCACCAGAUCUUGAAGCAGGACAUUAAGACUUAUAACCACUAUAGUUGGGCGGAAACUUUAGCUUUCCUCAAUUCCUGCACAAACCCAUCAAUCUGCUUAUGGAAGAACCGGAAAAUUCGUCAAAAAAUAUUGCUUUACUUCCGAAAACAAACU